AUGUCAGUAGUCCCUAAUCCUUUACUUAGUUUAACGACGUUAAGAUAGGUUAGCAAGCUUCACAUGCGUUGGCUAAGAGUGUAAACCUGCCAAAUCCAUUUUUGAAAACAAAGAAAUUUGUACCUAUUUUUACAGACAUUAAAGUUCAAAAUAAAUAAAUUUAAAAAAUGGGUUUAGCAGGUUUACACUCUUAACCGACGAUGUAAUUUUAGAAUGAUAAUACAUAAUUCCCUUUGGUCAGAAAGACAGGCGUCUCGUCAUAAUCAUUCUUGACUGAACCUUGGCGACAACCAUACGUUUCAAGCGGCGUAACGUGACUUUAGCGACUUAUAUGCAUUUUGGCUGUAUCUACUCCGGUCGGCGGGUUAUCAGUGCACUUGGUCAGUGUUAUUAAAAAAAUAAAAGGUUUUUUAUUAGUGAGCAAUGGUGGACAGUCAGUGCGGAGCGCGGCAAGUGAAAACUUACAUCAUGAGUGACUUAUUAAAAAAGUUCGAUUUGGACGCGACAAAUGAUUUUGUGAAAAUAGCUAUAGCUAUAGCCGGCUUUUAUAUGGGAAUAUUUUACUUGGAAUACGUGGACACAGAAUACAGCUUGUGGCUAACAUGGUUCCUCAUGCCCGUCGUAGUGACGUUCCUUCUACCAGCCGUCAUCAUAAUACUCAUAUAUGUCAGCGCCAUUAUCUUCCACCUCUACAGGCUCUACAGGUUGCGAGUAGUGGAUGGGGUCCAGAACGACUGGCGGCAGGCGGCGAGCCUCGCGGUCUGCGCGUUAUGGGACGCCCACGGGUGGUUAUGGCAUGGUUACGAGAUCCAAGGCAUCGAAAACAUUCCAAACGGGCCGUUCCUAGUGAUCUACUACCACGGCGCGCUGCCCAUCGACAUGUACUACUUCAUCGCGCGCAUGCUGCUGUUCAAGAGGUUGCACAUACACACAGUAGCUGAUCGGUUCAUGUUCAGGAUACCUGGCUGGAAAACACUCCUGGAAGGCCUCUGCGUGAUUCCCGGCACCGUGGGCGAAUGUGUGGCGGUGCUGCAGAAGGGGAACCCACUGGCCAUCUCCCCUGGGGGGGUGUACGAGGCGCAGUUCGGGGACCACACUUAUAAAUUACAUUGGAAGAAUAGACUUGGCUUUGCGCGAGUCGCUAUACAGGCUAAAGUGCCAAUAAUUCCGAUGGUGACCCGCAACGUCCGCGAGGCGUUCCGCACGGUCGGCUGGCUGCGCGGCUUGUGUCGUCGCGUGUACGCGGCUACACGCGUCCCGCUCGCACCCGUGUAUGGAGGGUUCCCUGUGAAACUGGUCACACACUUAGGGAAGCCGAUCGAGUAUGAUCCGAGCUUGACACCUGAGCAGUUAGCUAAGAAGGUAUCAAAAGCGAUAGAAGACCUAGUGGAAGAGCACCAAACCGUGCCAGGCAACAUCCUCCGCGCCCUCACGGAGAGGCUGGUGGAGCUGCCGAAGAGGAGGCCCGAGGCGCCGCCCCCCGGCAAGUGCCCCGACGGCGCGCCGCCCGCCGCCCCCGCCGCCCCCGGCGACGACGGCAAAACUAAAGUCUCAUAAAAUUAGUAGGUAACUUAGGGUUAUAUUUAGUAGAGCACACUGCCUUCACCCCUCAGGACUGCCAAGAAACCUUGAAGGUUUUUAAAAAUUAAUUGUAAUAGGGAGUUACUGCAAUGUUCUGCUGUCAGAGUGCAGUAAUAGCAAUCAGUUGUAUCAAUUUUGUUGUUAGGGGUCAAUAAUGUACACUUAAUGAUAUCUACUGUACCAUAUGUUCUCGUGAGUAAAGUUUCGUUCAUUCAUAUUAUAAACCAUAGAAUAACUUAUACAUACUUAAACAAUUUUUGACAAGUUUUCACAGAUUAUAUUUUACGAAUGACAUUGAUGCCUCAAGGCGGUUGGUUUACAGAGGGCCUGUCGCAAAACCGCGAAAAUCUAAAUUCCGUUAUCUGCCUUUGUCGCUUGAAUUUGCAAAGUGAUAAAGAAAUUUUGAUUUUCGUGUUUCGCGGUAGACCCUCUGUUUGUGCUAGUGGCGCCCCCUACGCGGAGUUUUGGGUAAUAUUCCCUAUUCUCUGUAAAACGAGGGGUUAAUUAUUAGGGUUGUUUUUAAAGGUAACGUCCGUUAAAAUUUCAUUUGACAUUUCUCUUUAACCCAUUAGGGCCUCACUUUUAGGAACCCAUCAUUUUUCUAAUGCUGCUAGGUAGAGUUACAAUAUAAAAUCGAACCAAGUGGGUACAACGGCCGGUAAUGGGCUAGGAAGGCUUAGUAACAACUGUGAGGUUUUCUGACGAACAGGUCUUUUGCUGGCCUAGUUUCUCACAAACAAAUCGUCAGGUGACAAGGAAAACUCACUAGUUACUAAAAAAUAAUUAAACAAAAAUUAACUUUAUUAAUAGUAACCUAAUAUGGUUCAUUAUGGAUAUGAACUUAUGGUGGUAAUUAGUGAGUUUUGCUUGUCACCUGACGAAAUAUACAUAAAAAACGGCCUCCUAGUCUAGUCUAGUUAGUAGUGCCUACGAAGCAGGUCUUGGAUUCGAAUACCGGUGAGAUCAUUUAUUUACAUAUUCAUCAUUUGUUCCUGAUUUAAGGAGAUUAUAUUAUCUAUAUUAUCUUAUCAGUAUAUGUUUUUAUAUCGUCGCCUCCUAGGGUCAAGGAGGGAACAGUGGCUCGGUAGAAAAAAGCCCGGGUACAGUACAAAAAAGUCAACCUAAUUUCACCAUAAGCGACUGAGCCACUGUGUCUGCCUUGACCCUGCCCAUAGUAGCUUAGUUUAGAGGCUAGGUCGAUCUGCGUAAAUUGUCCCCAAAUAUUUAUUCCUAUUGACAAGGACGAUAUACACUGGGACCGACAAUCUCCAUACAAAAAAACGUAACUCUGAAAUAGCUUCAAAUUCGGUAUAAAAACUAAAGUGAAGUCCAAUUGAAAUUGCAAAUAAAGUAAAGUAACCAAUUUGCCUUCAUUUCGUCGUAAUCUCGCACUUUUUGUGGACAAUCAUGAUUUUAUCAUCAGUUUAUAUACUUAAACCUUUAAUUUAUAUCAAUACUUUCUUAAUUAUUAAUAUUGCAAUGAAAGUAACCAUUAAAAAUUUUAGGUUAUACGUCAGACGCUAAAAAAAUCUGUCAUAGCUGCCAUUAAAAGUUUCUUUUGGACUUCUUAGAUGGCGCUGCUGGAAGUGACAAAAAAAUUAUUAUUACCCAUAUUUUUACGUUUUUUUUAAAGAACAAACGUCAAAUGUAUAUCGUCCUUGAUAUUUAUUUAUUUCUUUUACCUCUUCGACGCCGUGUCAAACACAAAAGCUGUCACUCGGACGCCACGUCACCGAAGUGUCAAAAAAAAAAUUGAACUUUAAGCAUAUGCACGUAGUUCUAUGUUGCUCUGUGGUCUGUGACGGAUUAAUCCGUCUUCGUCGUUGGAUCUACGGUGCGGAUAUAUCCGUUACUGGCGUCAAAAAGAUUAAACACCCUUUCAUAGUACCGUUAAACUACCCAACUAUGUACCGUCAAAAUAUUUGAAAAUGUUGCAUCCGUACAAAAAGAAGAUAUAUCCUAUUAUUGUGAUGGAGUAAUUUCCUUGUUUCAAUUAAUCAAAAUGUAUAUUUCAAUAUUUGCGUGUCUCGGAAUAUGUGUGUGCUCUUAAAUAAGUGUAUAUUUUGUAGAUAUACGUGGACAUACUAGCCGUAAGACCGAUUUUUUACUUUUGCAGUCGAUUUUUUUUCGCCAGAUUUUGAUAAAAUUGGUUUGCAGAGGUUGGAUCGAACAAUUAAAAAAUUGUAUGUAAUUUUAUGUUAGGUUACGAAAAUUACAUACGUGUUCGUAAGUCAAAAGAAGAUUUUAAGGACAUAUAGUCCGUCUUUUUUUAGAUAGAAAAUUAUAUAACCUCAAAAGUAAUGGUAACUUUUUUCCUACAAACUUAAAUUUGAGAACUAUAUUAUUUUCAUAAUUAUUGUACCACAAUACGAGAUAUCAUAGGAACCCUAGAAUAUAGAAACGAAAGUUAAUUAAUACUACUUUUGAGGUUAAAAAAAUCUAAUCUUAAAAAGAAACGGGGUAUAAGGGUGGAAUUGCACUAUAUUGUACAAAAUAGGGAACUUUUAUCUAUCCACCAAAUUUUAUCAAAAUCUAACGAAAAAAAAAUCGGCUCAUAUAUGAAACGUUUUUCGUCAAAAUGUAUAAAUAAGUUGUGUGUGUGUAUAUUUUCGAGUUUUUUUUGCUUUUGUAUGAGAUAUUUAGAAUGAAUGAUUGUAUGUAUUCAGGUAGAUUUGCGUAAGUUUACUCUAUACCCCGUUUUUUUUAGAUUACAAAUUUUAUAAUCUCAAAAGUAGUCAUAACUUUUCCCUCCGAAAUUAAAUCCGAGUAACUAUGCACUGAAUUAUAGUUUCGUUUACAUAUUAUUGUACCGCAAUAUUAGAUAUCAAAGGAACUCAAGCAUUUCGGAAAACGGAAACGGAUUUUAAUAAUAAUUACCAAUACUUUUGAGGUUAGAAAAAUUCUAACCUUAAAAAAACGGAGUAUAAUAAGUACUUAAACGUGUAAAUGAGUCUUAUGUUAUUCAUAAUUGUAUUGGCUCCUGUAAGGCCCCCGGUCCUAGCUAUGGUACCCUCACCCACACUGUUAGCUGACCAUCGGUGGACUUUAUUACAAAAGGCAUAAGGUCCACCGAUGGACAGAUUGUUGCUGUUUGAACCUACUAAUCCAGUUUCAUGAAAUUUAAAUCAUUUUUAAUUGGAACAUUUGUUUUGUUUCGUUCUAUUUUCAUGCAAAACAAAAUGUACUCUAUUUCCUGCACUAUAAGUUUAAAUUUCACUAAUAUUUUUUUUUUGUAUGGCUGGGCCUUUGGAGGUUAAUGUUAGAUAACACAUGAAAAGUGCAAAUAGAGCGUAAAUAUAGAUAUUUUAAUAUUGUUGACAACUGAUUGUAUGGGAAACAGUAGAGUUAUGAAGUUAUGAUAUAAUAGCACUUUUAGUGCCAAGUCCAGAUAAAAAACCCGCAUAGCGGGCAGUGAAUGUUACAGGCCAGUGCCGGGUGCGUGUGCGUUCGCGAAAUUGUUUGAGCCGUGCACGCACUCGUAACGCAAGCGGUGUGCCGUCUCUCAUAAUAAUCUGUAUCACGUGCACAUCCACGCGCACGCAUCCGGCGUGCACAGGUCUUAAAAAUAAGAACAAAAUCUAGGUACCUAUUUUAAAUAAAACAUUAGUGAUAAUGUUACAUUUCUUCCAUAUUAAUCUCGUAAUAUUAUCAGCUAAAUGUUUAUGAUACUACUUAAAUAGGUCCCUAGAUUUCUUAUGGGUCAUCUUAUGACUCAUUAAUUAGUACAUUAUUUAUAUAUAAUUAUAGUGCCUAACGUGUAUCUCGUUUAGUCCUCAACUAUAUAUACGAAUAAUAGCUACUUAAUACAACAUAGAUUCAUAUAUACGUUUGUAAAAAUGUGUCAGAAAACCAGGUACAAAUAUAUGAGUAUGACAAACUCAGCAUUUUAAAUGUUUAGAGCAUGGAGUUUAUGGCGCUAUUACAUUAGUCUUAUCAUGGCGCUAUAACAUAAAUGAAUAAAUUCGUUCUUCAACCUUUAAGAACUCUACAGACCCUGCAACAAAUCGCAUGCGGUUUUUCAUACCUAUUGCGGUUUUAAUCGAUUAAUUCAAUUCGUUGAACCUACAUUGCCGGCAUUGUAUGUAAAAUCGCAUGCAAUUUGUUGCAAGGUGAGUAGAGGCCUUUACUUAUAUUGACUGAAUCUGACUAAUGUAAUAACGCCUUUAGUUGUAUUUUUGGAUGUAUUCCAUAUUAGGACUGUAUAUUCAUUCCUUUAAAAUUAUUUAAAAUAAUUAGGACCAUGUAAGAACAUUGUUCAAAACGUUUGGACAUAUCAGAUAGAUUUAGUUUUUUAUUUAAAUUAUUACGUCACAAUAGUUUUUGUAGGUAGUUUUUUUAUAAGUUAAAUCAGUUAAUUGAUACAGUAAAUGAGACUUUUUACUGUCAUAUCCAAUAUCAAGAUGUAGAAAAACCGUACUUUUGUUGUUAAUUAUAACUUAUAUCUUUUUUUUUUUGUAUUAUAAAACAUUUAAUAACCAA